CAGCUCUGUAUCGAAGGCAAACUUGCGGUGCUAGGUGUGUCGAAGAGCGGCAGCGAGACACACUUCCUCUUCAUGCGAUGGUGAAAGCGCAUUGGCCAACCUCCUGGUUUAGAGGAAGAGAAGUGCACUGAGAACAAAUGCGUGAGGGGAGAGAGCGUCACAUGUCAGCGCUGCCGCAGGGCCUGCUCGGAUGAAGGCACGAAUCUAAAGACGUGACCCGGUGCUGCUGGAUCUCUUCUUAAAAUCUUCGCCGUCUCCCUGUGAAGAUGAUGGAGUAACUGGGAGGUGAAGCUCCGUUCUGACGAUCUCUGGUGGUUCAGGGAUAGACGACUCGAUGGACGAGACAAUAGGGGCCGCAAUUUUAAGGCCAAGGAAGGAAACUGGUGUCCUGACUAGACAGCCAGCGCCGAAACGCUACAGUGAGAUCUUACGGGACUUCGAUAACCUGGAGCUGUCCUUAGUGAGCAGCACGUCUGUAGACGAGCUCCUCGGAGACUCUGAUGUCCAGUCACACUCAGAGACCGCAGACUCAACACGGGACGAUUUGUCUAAUGAAGAUGUGGACAAUACUCUGGUCUGUCCGGAUGGAGAGGAAAAAGAUGGUGUCAUGUCGGCCCAGGAUGCUGAUGUGGCCAUGUGUCGAUGUGAAGGCGGCGUGGAGCUCGCCUUACAAUACGCCAAGAUGUGGUGCCGCUACGCCAAGGACCUCCUGACCUGGAUAGACAAAAGGAUCAACCUGGAGCAAGAGUUUGCGAAGAAUAUCCUGAAGGCAGCGGAAACUACGAAGUCCUGUAUUGCUCAGCAGGACCUGAUGCCCUUGCAAUCCAUCUACAGUAUGGUCCUGGAGCAGGACAUGAGGAGCAGCACAUCUGCCAAACACACCACUGAGCUUCUGUAUCUACGCUGCUACCAGGCUUUGUCUGCGAAGCGGAAUGAGAUCGAUAAGUGGCGUCGGGAGUUUAAAGAGCAGUGGACCAGAGAACAGAAGAGAAUGAACGAUGCAGUUGCAUCACUGAAGCGAGCUCGACAGCAGUACCUACAGCGUGCUGAGGAUCUGGAGAAAGCCAAAGCCAUGAGGGCCAAAGGAGUCGACGAACUCAGUGGCACAAAGACCUUGGACAAGAGGAGGAAGUCUCAAGAUGAGGCUCAGUCCAAGGUUUCCGAGGCUGAAAUGAUCUACAAGCAGUGUGUGAGUGAGGCGAAGGCUCACCAGGACGAGCUGGAGAAAGUGAAGGAGAGGAUCAUCGUCCAUACCCGUAAGCUCAUCUGCCAAGGAGACACUGUGCUCAAAGAGGUGACGGUGAACAUGUUCUUCUACCAGAGACAGCAGAUAGAGCAAAUUCCUUUAGGAUACCAACGCCUGGAGCUGACCUGCAGGCCGUGCGAGCCGGGAGAACCCUACCUGUUCUACAUCUCCAGGAAAUGUGGACCUGAGCAGCCUCUUCAGACUUUCACCUUCCAGGAGUUCAUCCCUCAGAACAAGAGAAACCGCAAAGUGAGUAACGCCCUGUCACCGCUGCAGGACUCGUCUCCUUUACCCGAGGAAAUGAAGCGCUACAGUGAUGGGAGACGCAUUGGACACAGUGACAGCGACAGCAUUGGAGGAAGCCUGGAGUCUCUCUCUAGUCCAGCCCAUAAGCUGCCAAAAGCUCCAUCUACUGGGACUGUGUCCUCUGAUGACCUGGACGAGAAGGAAUUCUGCCCUGAAACUGAGAGUAGUGACCCUCUGAAUGACAGUAACGGUACGUACUCGAAAGUGCGCACUACAUCCCGGGCUGCUCUGACUCACCGCCUCAAGAAAACAAAGAGCAAAAUGCAGAAGUGCAAACUGUGUGACAACUUCAUCCUGGUCAGUGGCAUCGAGUGUGAGGAGUGUGGCUUCAUGGUGCACAGGAAGUGCUUGGAUCUGUGCCAGACCGAGUGUGAGCGCAGGAGGGGGGUGCUCUUCGGUAUAGAGUUCUCCAUGUUGCCCAGAGAGCAGCCGGAGGAAGUUCCCUUUAUUGUGCAGCGCUGUACUGAAGAGAUCGAGAGCCGAGCGCUCACCGUACAGGGUGUUUAUCGUGUUAGUGGGUCCAAACCCAGAGUCCUGAAGCUGUGUCAUGCUUUUGAGACCCAAAAAGACCAGGUGGACCUUUCAGACCUCUCGCCCCACGACAUCACUUCUGUUCUCAAGCUCUUUUUCAAAGACCUUCCUGAGCCAUUACUGACCUUUGACCUCUACACCGAUUUCAUCAACCUGGGAAAAGACAUUCAGCGGCUCAGCGAGAAAGAGAAUUCGUCUGAGAUGGCUGAGAUAGUGGAAAGCAUAGUGAGCAAUGUGAAGCAGGUUCUUGGCCGACUUCCUCCGUGUAAUUACAGCACUUUGCAUCACAUGAUGGUCCACCUGUUCAGGAUAUCUGAGUGUGAAGAGAAUAAGAUGUCUCCUGGAAACCUGGGCAUCGUGUUUGGCCCUACUCUACUGCGCCCCCUUGUGUCGGGAGACGUGUCCAUGAUCGCCCUUUUGGAAAGCAGCUACCAGGCCCUGCUGGUGGAGUUCAUGAUCUCACACAUGGAGCAAAUCUUUGGUCCUGCUCCGAGUAUGUGUACAUCUCCUCCACCUGUACCCACCAACCCACCUCCGGGGGCGGAGCCUGAUGCAGAUGAGGAGUACAGAGCCUUGACCAGAGAACGGCCGCGGUCUCUCGAGUCGUGGCUGUGAGACAUGAACCAGAUGCUGCGUGGGGUCACUCUGAGGGAGCAACCCAGGUAGUGAACUCAGGAAACUACAAAUCGUGGGGGAAUUCUGGGAGAUCAUGCGAAUGACAUCUGUAGCACAAGAGACUACAGAUAUACAAAUACCACCACACCCCUCAGCUCUGUGCAUCCUGAAUCAAACAACGCCAUUAGGCCAGAAAAUGAUCGAAAAAAUUGUACAGGCCACCUGGUUUAUGAGUGGUACAGUCCACAGGAAGUGACCCAAUAAAUCUAGAGACACAGGACCGUCUUUUUCUUCAAAGCCGAAGAAGUUCAUGGAAAGACGAACAAAUCCAAGCAGCAGAAAGCUGGUUCUGUGCAUACUUAGACAAUACGGGUUCCUUUAACGGUUCUUCGAGAGUUCUUUUGAGGAUGAAGGGUUUCAAAGCUUCAGAAAUAUUUCUACAGGGAAACACUGAAGUACUGAAUAACUCAAAAACAUACAUUUAACUGAUAAACAUGAUUUAAGAUGCAUCUGUGGAUGAGUAUCAGUUUUAACACAGUAUAUGGCUUGACUGUUUUAAACGACCGUGCUUCUUCAUUUUCGUCUCAUAUAAAACCCUGCGCUGAGAUUAUUCUAGCAGUAUUGCUUCUUGAUAAAACUUUUGCCGAGAUACAGUUCAGUACUGACUCACGCACACGCACACACACACACACACGCACACACGCACACGCACACACACACACACACACACGCGCACACACACACUCAUCUAUAAAUACUGUAUAAGGCAGGACAUAAUUUGGAGAAUAAUUUAGCAUAUUUUAAUGCAUAAUUGUUCAAAUGGUUGUCUGUAUGUCUGAUUUUUUUUUUUUUUGCAGGCUGUCAAAAAAAAAAAAAUGUUCCCAGUGGAAGUUAAAUAUAUUUUUUUAUACAAAACAAAAUAUGAUUGAAUUUCUAGGAAAUUAUAGAUAGAAUCCAGAUAGUUCGACAUUCGAGUUGUUCUUUUUUGAGUCAAGUUUUACAUUUUCUUCUUGUUCGUGUGUGUGGGUUUGUGUGGGUUUCCUCUGAGAGCUCCAGUUUCCUCCCACUGUCGAAGCACAUGCUAGUGGAUUUUUAAAAGCUAAUUCGCCCCCUAAGUGUGAACGUGUGUGAAUGCGUAGUUUUAUCUAUGAAGUAUCUCUGGAUAUAGAUUCCAGAUUGAUCACAACCCUGUUCAGGAUAAAGCUGCUUACUCCAGAGGUGUGAACUAGGAUUGAAAAAAUAUCAUGAAUAUCACUUGUUAAGAUUAAAGCGCUAACACUGUUAGCAUACACUUGG